AUGGCUGCCACGUUCUCUCCGUCAUCUAAGGCUCAGCCCAAGAAUGUGAGCCCUAGUAAAACCAAUGGGCUUAAUGGGAUUCUCCUCGGGCCCACCAUCUCCGUGGUAAGCCCAGUUAGAGUUUUGCAUGUCUUCACGCAUCAUGUGGAAGCCAGAGCUGGAUGUAGAGUGGUCUCUGCUGUGAGUGAUGGAUCCUGUGUUAGGCUUUCAAGCAGGGCCGGCCCAACAAGCAAUACUUGCAUUGAAACCAUUAGGAAGAGAGUUCGUUGA